CGCAGUGGUUGCCCACGUGACAUGGUGAAGGGAGACAACUCCACAAGGCUAACUGACAAACCUCAACCUGAAGUGACCGGCAGAAAACAUGAUGAGGUAUGUCAGUGCGUUGGGUCGGCUGUGGAAAAGUUAUUCAAUUCCUGUGCGCAGUCCUGUUACCUUUUCUUUUGUCACAGGCAGAAGUGGGUUUUCAUCAAGGUCACAGACGGUCCUGGUGCAUAACAUCACUAAACAUUUCAGAAACCCCAACUUCUGGCAAACUGGUGGCUGUUUUCUAUUGUCAUUUAGCCUGUUUGAUCUUUGGCAUGUAAAUGAAAAGGUACCGGAAGAAGACAGAGUGAAACGUUUGGUGUACGAGGCUAGAAAAUCUCAGAAAGAUGGAGAACUAUUGAAAUGUGAGAAGUAUUACCAUGAAGCGUUGUCUGUUGUCAUACAGAGACACCAAAACAAAGAAAUCGAUGACAACGAACUACUUCAAGCAAGAACAUAUUUGUUUGACUGUCUGGCUAACUUGUCUUUCAGCUUAAAUGAAUUUGACAAAGCAGAGAAACUGUACAAGGAGACAAUCAAAGGUUGUGUGCAAGCAGGGAUGCCUACUAAUGGCAAUGUUAUUUUAGAAAUUUCAUUGAAAUUAGCUAACAUCUAUGCUAUCGAGGACCGAUCUGAGGAAGCUAUUUUGGGCUUUGAGUUUUGCAUAAAUACUCUGAGAGAGAAGUUAAAGGAGGGGGAGAAGAAAGAGGAGGUGAAGAAGGAGGAAAGUAAGAAAGAAGAUGAAUGGGAGGAAUUGUAUAAAGAUACUGAGGCAUUGUUAGGUAUGUGUUUAGAUAGCUAUGGCCGUUAUCUUCUUCGAUUGUCUGACUAUGACAAGGCAGAAAAAAUGCUAAGUGACUCUUUUUGUAUAGCGAAAAAAUGUCUUGGAGACACUCACAGACAGACUUUAGUAAUUAUGACUAAUUUAGGAGUAGCAAACAUUUUCAAAAAGAACUAUGCAUUUGCCGAGCAGUUAAUACUGCAAGCUAUCAAAAUUGGAGAAGAUAUUGAUGCAGAGGAAAUAUCUGCACUUUAUUGUAAUCUGGGUGCAGUCUAUCUUGCACAGAUGCAGAUGGAAAAAGCUCACGAAGCAUGUCUAAAAGGAAUGGCCUCUGCACAGAGGAACAAUGACAGCAUUGCUGUAAAGAAGGCGAAAACCUGUCUGCAAAAGGUCACUGACCAUAGAAAUGAAAAAGUUCAAGUGUCAGCCAGUCAGGCGCAAAGUUGACAAAUGGGAUCUUAGGUAAUUGUUAUAUAACCUAAAUAUUAUUGUUGUAGAAUAAAUUAUAUAAGAAAUAUUCUCAGUCA